AUGGAUGUGUCCUACUGCCCUCCUCUCCAGCUCCAGGAGAACUCUUUCCUCUUUGACUGCGAAUCUCUGCUGGACAAAUCCUACCAUCCUCUGGCCUUUGAUCCAGCCUCAGACCCUGGCUAUUUCAGCGCUGGCAGCAGCCUGUCUCCCACCUCUUCUGUGGACUCCUUCUGCUUUUCCCCCACCUCACUCCAAGCAAACGAAAGAGAUGCCUUGGACUGUUUCAUCUUUGGCAGCCCUGCAGCACCUCAUCAUAUCCACGAGACACAGACUCUGCCCUGCUCCACAUCCUCCACAACCACCUCAACAAUAAAGAAAUCCAGGUCCAGGUAUCCGGGUAAGAAGCGCCAGACAGCCAGCGAGAGGGAGAAGCAUAGGAUGAGGGAUCUGACCAAGGCUAUGCAUCACCUCAGGGGAUACCUCCCACCAUCAGUGGCACCAGCCGGACAGACCCUGACCAAGAUUGACACGCUACGCCUCACCAUCCGCUACAUCUCCUACCUGUCGGAACAGUUGGGCCUCAGCGAGGAGGUGUUGGAGCAAAGAAGCUCCUCAGGCUUUGUUGAGCAGCCUCAAACCCUGAACCAGUUCCUGGGUCAGCAAACCACCAGCUGCAGUUCACAAGAAUCAGGCGGUAACAUCAUGAACACAACCCAGCUGUCUUCUCUGCAGAACUCGUAUCAGGUUCCUAGUGGAGUUUGCUUCAACAACCAGCAGUACUGGAUGCCACAGGACCAACUCCCAAAUGUCACUUAUCCAGGACAAUGCUGA